GAGCUGUUUAGCUCUCUCAUACAUUUUCAAAUGUGUUUGAUUGAUCUAAAAUAGUGUAGUACAAAACGCAUGAAUGUGUUUUUGAAUCCGUCGAAUCCAGUCUAUUGGCGCAGCGUGUGAAUCCUGGCGACCUUGUAAUCCCGCGUCCGCUAAAGAUCACUUUGACGUUCCACUACUAAACAAAACAGCUCCCCCGCCUGUGUUUGUAGGAACACCUUCUCUGUGUCGUCACAUCAUGCCUUCAGCGAUAUAUGAAGGGUUCGAACAAGAUUUAACUAAAUUAGAGAAACAGGAGGCAGCGGAGAGAACCGGACAGCAGAGCAGCAGAAUCAUGAAGGCACUGAAUGUCCUACACCGGGCUGCGAACACCCUGCUCAGCCAGCCCGGGGACCGGGCAACUCUACUGACAAGGUGUGGGAUGUGCGGCGCCUCGAGGUUAAAUAACAAGAUCCAGCCAGGGUUCGGUCUGCUGUUUGACAUCGAUGGGGUGCUGGUCCGGGGGAAGACUCCUAUUCCAGCCGCUAAGAAGGCCUUCCAGAAGUUGGUGGACUCCAGAGGACAGUUCUUGGUUCCUGUGGUGUUCGUCACCAACGCUGGAAACUGUCUCCGUCAGAAGAAGGCUGAUCAACUGUCUCAAAUACUGGGAGUGCCUAUCUCCCAGGACCAGGUGAUGCUGUCUCACAGUCCUCUCAGGAUGUUCACGAAGUACCAUGAGAAAUGUGUUCUGGUGUCAGGACAAGGACCUGUACUGGAUAUCGCUAACAAUCUGGGCUUCCGGAAUGUGGUGAGCAUCGACAUGUUGAGAGAAUACUUCCCCCUGCUGGAUAUGGUGGACCACAACAGACGACCCAAACUACCAUCUUCACCUAUUGUGAACCUCCCUAUAGUUCAAGCGGUCAUCCUGUUCGGCGAGCCAAUCCGAUGGGAGACCAACCUGCAGCUGAUCAUUGAUGUGUUGCUGACCAAUGGGAGCCUGGGUAACGCCCAUGAGAUGCGUCACUCCGCCCACCUGCCGCUGCUGGCCUGUAACAUGGACCUGAUGUGGAUGGCCGAGGCCCAGUCUCCACGGUUUGGCCAUGGGAUGUUCCUUGUGUGUCUGGAGAACAUCUACAGGAAGAUAACGGGUCAGGAGCUGAAGUACGAAGCUCUGAUGGGGAAACCUUCUGAACUAACAUAUCACUUCGCUGAGUACCUCAUCAGGGAGCAGGCUGCAGAGAGAGGCUGGAGGACACCUAUAAGAACACUCUACGCUAUCGGAGACAACCUGAUGACAGAUAUCUAUGGAGCCAACCUGUAUAACCGCUAUCUGGAGGAAAGGGUCCGGACCAGGCAGACUGCUGCCCAAGUAGUGCAGGCCACGGUGGAGGGUACAGGGGGCGGAGGGUCCCCUAAAGCCCUUCUCCAGGACCAGGACAUAGAGACGGCCUUGGAGAGCGAGCUGGCCUCCCCCUCCGCCACCUCCUGUAAAUCCCUGCUGGUUUGUACCGGUGUCUAUAACCCUCACAGCGAGGUGCCGGCUGAUGCCAGCCACAGCAUCACCGAGACUGUGUUCCAUGGUCACCGGGACUUCCGCUUCGACCCGGCCCUGAUGGAACCAGGACACAUCGUACAGGACGUACACAACGCUGUGGAACUCAUCUGUCAACAGGAGAACUUUGUCUCUACUAGGCAUUGACCUGUAGAAUAGCAUUAGAGCUGUAGAACUUUGUCUCUACUAGGCAUUGACCUGUAGAAUAGCAUUAGAGCUGUAGAACUUUGUCUCUACUAGGCAUUGACCUGUAG